AAGUAGCAAAAAAGUCCUCUGGCAGAUAUUCCACACGAGUGCUUGGAUUCCGCACGCGAUUAGGUCACAUGGCAAGGCGUCAUCGGCGCGGGCCGUUCGCAGCGCACGCGCCAUAGCAUGAAACCGCGCUGAACCGCAUCGUUAUCAACCAUCACCAAACAACCUACUUCCAUCUCCUGUUCAUCAACCAGUAUAAACAGCAUGGGAGUUCCAUCUAUUUUGGCACUCUGUGCCACAGUGGCCAGCGCAACAGCUAUCCAGAUACCAAUCCUUGCGUCCGAUAACCAAGCGCCCAUCCAAGCCGAGACCGGACAUCCUCAUGGGUCGAAGCCACUCGUCAAUUCGACGGAGAUCCAGGAUCUUAUUAGUGGCGAUAGGCUUCAGAGACGCGCGAAGCAGUUGUUCGAAAUCGCAAAGCUAGGUGAAGCCGAGUAUAACCAUCCAACGAGGGUUAUCGGCAGUGCUGGCCAUGCUGGAACGCUCGACUACAUCUACGAGACAAUACUACAAUUGGGAGACUACUAUGAUAUCUCCAAUCAGUCGUUCCCAGCUGUAUCCGGUAAUGUGUUCGAAUCGCGCCUUGUCCUCGGUCAGGAUGUCCCCAAAUCUGCUGCUCCAAUGGGCUUGACACCGCCUACAAAGGACAAGCAGCCCGUCCACGGCGACCUUGUCCUCGUUAAGAACGAAGGCUGCCAAACUACUGAUUUCCCUGAAACGGUAGCUGGAAACAUUGCUUUCAUCAAGCGUGGAGUUUGCCCCUUCGGAACCAAAUCCGAAAAUGCCGGACGUGCUGGUGCUGUCGCCGCUGUUGUCUACAACUACGAGAAAGACGGCGUUCAAGGUACUUUGGGGACUCCUUCCUCUUUCCAUGUCGCCACGUUCGGUCUAUCUGGCGAAGAAGCCGACCCUAUCAUCAAGAAGCUCGAGAAGGGUAAAUCUGUUGAUGGCAUUGCGUACAUUGACGCAGAGGUCAAACAAAUCCUUACUGUCAACAUUGUUGCCCAGACCACCGAGGGUGACCCUAACAACGUUGUCAUGCUUGGUGCGCAUAGUGACAGCGUUGCUGAGGGGCCUGGAAUCAACGAUGAUGGUUCGGGAACCAUUUCGCUCCUCGAAGUCGCUACCCAGCUCACCAAAUUCAACGUCAGCAAUGCCGUAAGAUUCGCAUGGUGGGCCGGUGAAGAGGAAGGUCUUCUUGGAUCAGACUACUACGUCGCCCAGCUCCCUGAGGAGGAGAACCAAAAGAUCCGACUCUUCAUGGAUUACGACAUGAUGGCAUCUCCUAAUUUCGCAUACCAGAUCUAUAACGCCACUAAUGCUGCGAAUCCCAACGGUUCCGAGGAAUUGCGUGAUCUGUACAUCGAUUGGUACGAGGAGCAAGGCUUGAACUAUACGUUCAUUCCUUUCGAUGGUCGCAGCGACUACGAUGGAUUCAUCAGGAACGGCAUUCCAGGAGGAGGCAUUGCUACAGGUGCCGAGGGCAUUAAGACCAAGAAGGAACAAGAGCAGUUUGGCGGAAAAGCGGGCGACUGGUAUGACAACUGCUACCACCAGCUCUGUGAUGACUUGGGCAAUGUCAAUGAAACUGCCUGGAUAGUCAACACAAAGCUCAUUGCGCAUUCAAUCGCGACAUAUGCCCGUUCUUUCAAGGGUUUCCCCGAACGUACUCUCUCUGUCUCCUCUAACGCAUACUCCGAGAAUGUGAAGUAUCAUGGCUCCCGCCUGUUCAUUUAGAGCGCAUAGCUGGAUUGAACAUACCUGGUAUUGUCUUGCAUAACGUCUCGGAGCUUAUUUCCCAUAUCUCACUUGCAUAGAUUUGUAUUUUAUAGCAGCUAUUUAGGAUUUGAGCAUCGCACUAAUAUAUCAGAUCUCAUUCGAUG